AGCACCUCCGAAAAUCUGAUCAACUGUAUUUCACAUUACAACUAUUUUAUUAGAUAUUAUAUAGGAAUCAUUUAUUCUCUGUUAACAGUAAGUGGAAUGUUAAAAUGUUUUUAAAACAAAAUGGUUCUUCAAGAGCUGCUAUCUUCAAUAAAAAUCUUUACGCUCUUACAGUUUGGCAAGAGUAAUGUUAACGCAUCAGUUUUUGGAACAACACGAGCUAACCUCUAAAAAUACAGCAUUUACUACAGAUAUGUUUAUGUUUAACAGAACAAUGUCCACUAAUCACAAUCUUCAUUCAGUGUUGGUUCAAAGCACGUAAACAGACCUUUGAGCUGAGAUUUCUACAAACGCACUUUUCUCUUGAAGCUUCAUCUUAGUUUUGUGUGUUCCUUAUAUAUUUCCUCCUCCAAAAUAAAAGUCAACCUUUCUCUCCCAGAAAGGUUAAGUACUACUUUAAUGGAAGCGUUAGGGAAUGCGCAGGGCUGAAAUGUGAGAGUGAAUAUGUCUGUAUGCAUUUCAUUUGUAGGCUACUCUUCUUAUAUACAGUACAGACGAUGUACUGUGCGCUUGUAGCUGCCGCGAGGGACUUAACUUUACCUUUCAGGUGUGUCGCGUGGGAGCACUUCCUGUUGACCUUUGGAUAAAGCUGUUCUCGCUAUGGCUGCUGAGGAGCUGAAUAAAAUCAAAGUGAUUACAAAGUUGUCGAACCAAGCCCUACGGGAGUAUGAGGGCCUGCAGAGGAAGCAUGAGACAGCAGCCAUGGAGUGCAAGAAGCUGGAGGAGGAGAGAGAUGAGGCCAUCAAGAAGCUCAACGAGUUCCAGCAAGUUUCUCAGAUGGUCAUUGAAGAGGUCAAUGUUAUUCAGCAGAACCUGGAGAUCGAGAGGACAUGUAGAGAAAGUGCUGAAGCCCUGGCCUCCAAGUUGAACCGUCAGAAACGCUCUCUGAAGAGGAAGAGCAUGAUGCUGCUGCCCCACCUCAGCCCAGAGAUCAUCACUGAGAUCAACCUUGAUGAAGAGGAGGAGGGGAGUGAAGAGCUACAUGCAGCCAGUCAUUUCUGCCUCUCUCCCCUGUGCCAGACCACCAUCUCAGAGCAACAAUAUAAGUUGGAGAAACAUCAAGCAGUUGCUGACCUCGGUGCCGUGAGAGAACAACUGAGGAAAACCAGGGACGAUCUGCUGAAAGAGGAACACGAUAACACUGUUUUAAUUGCUGAGACAGUAAGGCAAAAGAAACUCCUGGGCAAAUAUAACAGAGUGUCUCAGUUUGCUGUGGAGGAAUAUGAGGCCUUACAGGACACCUUGAAGCUGGAGAGGGACCUGAGGACGGAGGCAGAAGGCUUUGCCACAGCGAUGAUGGUUGAGCAAACAAAGCUGAAGAGACAGAGUCAGAUCCUGAUGCAGAGCUCCUCUCCCAGUCAAGCUGUACAGGAAGCCCUCAGCCAGGUCACCAGACUGACCCAGGAUCUGGAGACACAGAGGCUGGAGCACCAGAACCAGAUAAAGCAGAUGGAGGACAGGCUGCAGAGCUGCGAGGCUCAGAGGGAGCUGAUGGCAUUGAGGCGUAAACUGGAGCUCGUGGAAGAGGAGAAAAGGGAGUACAGCGACAAAUGCUCCAAGGCUGAACAGGAGGUCAAGGAUCUGCGGUCUACAGUUGAGGAGCUCCAGAAGAAGCUGCAGGCAGUGACCAACCCGCCCCCAGCUCCAGCACCUCCACCUCCACCUCCUCCAGCCCCAGCUCCGGCCUCUAACCCACUCAGUCUGCUGUUGUCAUUGAUCCGAAAGAGAAGAGACAUCAGUACUGACAUCCCACUGGUGGUCCAGGACUCAGCCAAAGCACCAGAAACAGACAUCAGGCAGCAGGCAGUGGAGGAGAUGAUGCAUAGGAUCAAGAAAGGCGUUCAACUUCGACCUGUCGGCCAGUCACCUAAUGGAACCAGGAGACGGAUGGAGAGGCUGCCCUCUAAUUCUGCCAUUCAGGAACUCAAAGGAAUCAUGGAGAAUUUCAGUAGAACCUCCCCCCAACCAAAGGCAGUGUCUCCGUCAACAAACCACGAUGAGCAGCUGCAGAGGAUCCUGCUGAGACGACGGGGUGCACUGGAGUCCCAACACGGCGCCAGUCUCCAUUCCAUCCUCUCCCCUACUGUGUGAGGGGUGCCACCAGGCUGAGGUCGGCCCUGACGUGAGGAUCCACCCAUAAGCUGUAGACUGGAUAUGGGUGGCGGAAGAUCACAUGACGCAAAUCAUUGUCUAGCAUUUAAUUUUAUUGUGUGUGUACACAAAGCAUUUAAAAUAAUCAUUUCAGACUGUGUUGUAAGGAUUUCCAAACUUAGAAAAUAAAUGAGAGCAGUAAUGGUGGUUGUGAAUAAAGACAGAGGUUACGUAACACCUGAACUAAGAACAAGUGUGUCAUUGAUUUACAUUGAGGCCAUUUCAUUUCAGUGGAAUGAAUGCCGUGUAUCCCACACCACCUGUGCAGGGUUCAUUCAGCUCUUUUUCUAAUACUGAAGGUAAAGCCCAAUUCAUUGUUUGCACUGCGGGGAACAGUGGAGCGUUUUGCAGCCUUGAGCAUCUGCCAAAGCAAAGUAUGUUUCUGAAUUGUUCUCCCUAGCCCAGUGUUAACCUUGUAGCCUCCCCGUGAGCAAUUACAGGCCACUGUGGCAGACUUUGUUUUCACUGUUACCCUCACUCGCUCACACUUACCCCCGCCAACCUUCUUAGGCCAUGUCCCCACUACUCCGUUUCCAUUUGAAAACUCAUAUAUUUUGCAACAUUUACACUGAGCGUCCACACUACGCCG